AUGGAGUGGAAGACGACUGGAACUUAUACAAACGAUGCCGCAUCAUCUCAGACACCCUUGUCCUAUGGGAUCAAUAUAAUCCAGAAGGAGGAAAAUUUUGCCGAUUACGGGCAUUCGUUGGUGCAAACUGGAAAGGAGAGGUCAAAGCUUAUCGGACUACUGGAGCACGAACAGAUGUUAGCCUACUCGCAAAACCUCCAGUAUGCAUUCAAAAAAUAUAGCAAAUUUACGCAUUCCCUCCAGUUUCUGCGAGAGUUAUUCUCAACGAAUCCAUUCCUCAAGUUUGUUACAGCCCGAUACAGGGACAGGGUAAAGAUAGUAGAUGCACUUGAAAGAGCCGCCAAGAGAUGGACGCCAAUGCGAAAAGACAAGGCAGUCGCCGCUGAAGAGGUCAUGGCUUCGUUGGUUCUACAGCAGAGUUACACAUUGAGGAAGUCACUGGUGAAUCGAAAGGCCUAUACUCAGACCAGAAGGGCGAUACUUGCAGCCCUUCGCUCUGUCAACGCUGGCGGGCAUGCAAUGGACCUAAUUCUGGCAAAUAAGGGCAAACCGAUAUUCUCAUGGACAACGUCAUUAUGGAAGAACCCUCUGGCAACGCUUUCUAACGUGGUUAGUGUCGCUUUCGACGAGACGUUUGAGGGGGUCUUGGGUCUUCCAACAGGAGAAGUCAAGAGUGCCUGCUUCUCUUUCGGCUAUCGCAUGAAUAGCAUUGCUCCUUAUACCGCUGUAAUUCCGGGUGGAGUUUUUGGGUCCAUGUUGAAGUCACUUUCUCGAUCCUUCAUGCUCGUCUUCUACCCCGCCUACGCAAGCUUCAAGGGUAUCUUCUCCCUCAUGAUCGGUGUGAUCUGCAAAACUGGAGUGCUCGUUGCCGUCAAGAACCUUUUCAAAGCAUUGGCCAACAUCACGCGUUUGGGCCUACGCGGCAUUCGAAUUUUGUUCCGCCGGUUUGCCGUUCGUGGAGAUCCCGUGGCGUGGCCGAUCCUACAGGACCUGCUCCGCAACGGUUCUCCAGCAAUGAUCAGCCUUCUGUUCCAGCUGUAUGCUGUCGACGUGAGAGAUAUUACACAAAAAGGAAAGCGUGUAACUGAAGCCCUUGCCGCUGGCAACGCUUCUUGGAAUUACGCUGAUGGACUUUGGGUCGGAGCAUUUGACUUCAGCCGAGCGUUCAUCACCACCAUCAGGUCUUACAAGCGAGGGGCAGAAGCCUUUGUAGGGUACUGUGAAAGCAAGAGUAUGGAAACCCAACGUGGGACACAAGAAGAGCAAGCAAUGAUCGAUUUGAUGUCCGGCGAGUCGACGUCAGCGGAAUCAGAUACAGAGAAGUUCGAAAGCUUAGGAGAGGAUGAAGGAUCGCAGUGGUUUUCGGUAUCAGAUACAGAGAAGUUUGAAAGCUUAGGAGAGGAUGAAGGAUCGCAGCGGUUUUCGGAGGAGCCACUAACGGAAGAUAUACUUGCCGCUUUUAAAGCCAUUGCUCCCGGUGCCCAAGUAUCUGCAGGGGAAACUAGAACCCGCCUAGACGCCGCCUCGUACGUCGGUGAGAUGAUGUCAAUAUUCUACGAUACUGCAUAUAUACUGCUGAACGCUGACGUGGCGAACGUUCUGAGCGAGAAGUUGCCUCUCGAGUCUAUGGGUGAUCGAAUCCAAGCUGCAAUGGCAACCACUCAACGGUACAGGGAGGCAGCAGCUGAAAGCGGCAAGACGGCUCUUCCUAGGAAAAUGUUCAGAGAACCUUGGUUCGUAAAAUCUGGUACAGAUUUGGCACAUGGUUUCUUCGACAGUGCCGCCGGCCUCUCGCUGCACUUCGUCGUCGAAGACAUGGGGGACGAAACGCUCCGGAAUCGCCGCGACAGAGUUGCGUUCGCCUUCCUAAGCAACGGUGCUAAGAAGCUCCGUCAGUCUGUAAACUCGCUAUACGGACGUUUCCUUGAAAGCCGUAUAAUGAUCAGUCGUUUGGAAGGUAAUGAAUCUGUAAAGACCGUCCAAGACUUCAUUUCGAAGUGCAACCCGCAACUGGGAGUUACAGAUCCGGAUGUGUGCGGCAAAGUUGUAACAUCCGCAGUGGAUGCGAACUUAUUUGUGAAGGAAGCUCUUUUCGCAACUCACGUACCCAUGGCAGUUCCCGCCACCGAUAUAGCUGCUCUUAACGAUGCUGCUCUGGGUGACGUUUUCACGCGCUGGCGGGAGUUUUCAAAGCUCUCCCGGGAUAACCAGGUUGUUGCCGAGGGAGCAAGCGAUCGAGCCUCCAUGAGUACCUUCCUUCAAUACCUCCGUCACGCAGUCGUUAGCCGACUAGUAUUUAUUCGAUUCGAGUUUGCCGACGAUUUUACAACCCUGAUCUUGCACGACGCUAACGGACGCAGCAUAAAGUUCACGCCGGAUAAUGCCGGCGACGUGAGAGCUCUUAGCGGAAGGGAAGAAGGCACGUCCACCACAUUUCGCCCGUCUCCGCUUAGCGCCACCUGUUGGUUCCAUCUCGAAGAAGGCAACAGGGGGACGCUGCAGUUCCCAACUGCACCGGAAGCCCAACUAGAAGGUCUAGAGCCAGGGACGGGGGAAGGAGCACCAGCGGAAGGCAUUCCUGUACACAAAAUCAGUGGACAGAUCAAGUACAACGAUCCGCGGGAGGAGCUUGCAUCUAUAAAGGAAGAUCCAUCGGCCGUGCGUGAUGUAAUCGUGGCUAAGUUUCUUGACGUGCAAGGAAGGGCUUCAGCUGAAAUGAUGGCGAGCCUACUUAAUCUCAUACACUCCAAAUCAGCCUCCUUCUGGAGCCACAGUCCAUCUGUUUUCAUGCAAAACCUCACUCCCAAAAUGUUUUUCGACACACUUCACGCUCUCUCAACCACUGCCAAAACAAGACCACCCACCAGCGUGAUGUUGGAAGGCCGCUUGUACACCUUCCCACUCAAUUUUUCUACUGUGAAAAGCAUCUUCUUGGGCGCCAUGAACAGGCUCAUCGUACGCAUGCACAGCCUUGAUUCUAAGGAUAUGGUAUCUGUUUUUUUGAUGACUGUGGCCUACAUGACAUACCAAAAAAUUCAGAAGCACCGUACUGGCAAAACGUUGGUUAUGAACCUAUUUCAAAGAGAUGUCUUGCACCUUCUACUGGCUCAAAAGCGUGGAGCGCUGCUGACGGAGGCACCGCACUGCGCAUGGCUGGAAGAAGUGGAUCAGAACGUUGAAGAAUUCAUUGUGAGAUGCUCGGCCCUUCGUUUCUUCAAGAUUGGCAGUGUCGACAAUAUUGCAGAUGCUGAUAAGGAGGCAGUGCGCAACUACAUCAUGUCUUUUGUCGAUAUUCUGGACAGCGUACGCGGUUCAACGAGUUGGAUGGACUUUCUCAACAUUCAUACAUUUGCCGCUGAGGCUGAUUUGUACGCCGCAACUGCUGCGCAGUAUUCAUACGAUAAAUUGGUGCAGGAAUUGAGCGUAGAGUAUGCAGGAGCGCAAGAAGGAGAAACUCUUGCCAAGUUGUACACUGAAAUACAUCCCGCCUUGGGAGGGCCUAGGCGUUAUCGCAAGGAUCGUCGGGAACUUGUAACAGUAUUGCGGGGCUAUGCUGAGAACAUCAAGAAGCUGCCACAAAGCCUCCGAAAGUCUAUGGAAGUUUUUGUUAAGUCUUGCUACGCAAAGUUCAGGAGCCGACCGAACGUUUUGCACGGCCCAACAUUCUUCGCUGCAGUGCAGGGAGCUGAGGGACGAGUAUUCCCUAACCCGGAGUUCCGGCGUGGACUCUUCAUCGAAGCUUUAGACCUGCACGAAUAUGGUCGGCUACAGUUAGCCUUUGAGGAGCUGGCGAUAAUACUUUCCGAUGGCCAUGCCAUGCAGAACAUCAUAUCCGAACUUCGUUCCGUUCCUGUCCAAACAAUAGAAGCAAGAGAGGAGUAUAAACGGCUUAAGUCACGGAUAGAAGCUCUUCCAGUGGAAACAGUGGAAACAGCUGCCGGGUGGUCCCUCCGGUACAUGGGAGAAGGAAAAGGAGGCAUGGAACUUGCGGUUGCCAUGUUGGCUCUCAAAAGUCCAGAGCCGGGGCAGCUUAGCAAGGCUCUCCAACUAUCCUUGGCAGGCGUCGAGGUCCUCGCCUUCCUCAACAGCUCCCUCAGCGUUGCGCAAGUAAUAGAGUACCUCGACAGAGCCACGCCGGAGGACUUGGCCGAACUUCGAAUCUCACUUGGCGUUUUCAAGGCUUCUGCCCAAACUGAUCCCCGUAGCACUGCUAUGAGUUUGAAGACGAAGUAUUCCGUGGUCCAAAGCAUUUCAAAUACUUUGGAAGCUCUUGAGCUUCUCCAGAUUCCGUUGGAGGGACGGACAAUGUUUGAGAUGUGUGAUGGCCUUCUGAGGAACACACCCGAGGUGUUCUUCCGUGGUUCACUGGUUUCUGUGAACAUGGACGACCAAGUUGUCCUAUGUCAUAUCUUGUCUGAACUUGCCAAUUUCCAGCAAGCUAAGGAAGAUGAGGUCACUCCCAAUGACCUGGUCCAGAGGACACGCGUGGACAGGAAGCCUGUAAUGACGUUCCUGCAGGACCUCGUUAACACCAGCAUCAAAGCCGAAGCCCGCUUGAUAAUUGCCAACACUGUGUCUCCGUACCUUCGCGGCCUUCUGAUUUCGUUCUUAGGCCACGAACUAGGCCACCUCGCAGCUGCCCAGUUUGCAGCCGUGGAUAUGACUACUGGCGUCUUGAGCUUUAUUAUAACUAAUGUCAUUGAGUUUUCUAGUGCCAGUCCAGUUAACCCGCUGAAGCCGGCAGAUGUCCUUAGGAAGGUUGCCCGCCUUGCUCUCGGGGCUGAGACUGCCACAGAAGAGGGAGCUCCCAAAAUCGUCAAUGCAAGUGUUUCUUGUGAGUCGAACCACCAACUGCAAGAUCCACCAUGUCUCGCCGACUGGUACGCUAUGCUUGAUCCUGCAAAGCUUGAAGAGCUCACAAAGAAUCCUGCGUCAUUGACGGGAGAAGCUUUGGCCAAUGCUAGCGCGUCGAACCGUUUUACCGACAUUGCGGACGUAUUCUUCAGCAUGCGCCAAUCGUCAACCAUACAGCCACGAGCAGUUGUUGCAAAGGCUCGCGAGAUUGUAAUGAGCAACGAUAACUUGCCGCUGCUUGACAGAGUUGGGCUCACCGUCUUCAUAUCCGGCCUUCUUAAGCUUGCCGAACAAGCAAAGAUAGACUGCCUACAGGAGGCAAUGGAAGAUAUUGCAGGCUAUUUACCUUUUACACUGCAAGAACAGUAUCUUUACAGAAAUGACUGUUUCGUCAAAAAGCUAUCGGAUGGAGCGGCAGCACCGGAAGCAGCGAAAAAUAUAACAAAUGAGCUACUAAGCGAAGCCUUUAUUGCAAUAGAAGCAGCAUAUGCCGCGACAGCGAGCGACCUCUACAAUUUUAUUUUGAGCAGGCCUGAAGAGUUGCCACGGGCAUUUGACCGAGGGUUUCAAUACCUUUUGCAUACGCCGGUGUUGCCAUUUGGAAAACGGGUAGUUGAAGAAGUCAUUUUGGCUAUUGCCCAACGCAGUGGUUGGGAUACCCUCAACGAUCGGCUACUGUUGCUAAAGGAUGUUCAAUGGUCAUUACCGGAGAGGACUCCUCUUCGCAAAAGAGUACUGAGCAAAGAAACCCGGCCCAAGUUCUUCAGUGUAACCCAAAUUGCUGCUGAUAUUCUGGCAUUUAUCAAAACUGGACGCUUCGAGAGGCUUCGGCUCCCUAAACCACUGCUCGUGAAGCGUAUUGCCGCUACUGCAAAGAUUGUUGUGAGAAGGAUUCGGCCAACUACCGAAGAACAGGAUAGGGCAAUCCGUCUUGCCACGGCUGAGAAGCUUCGUGAGGAGCUUGGUGCUCUGGUACCACCUCGGGCAGUCAGCAGUGGCCCUGUUGUUCCUUCUGAAGACGCCAGCACCGCUUCUGAGCCCUCUCUACAAGCUGAAGAAGCCGGCGGUGUCUCCGAGCCCCUUCUAUCGGCUGAAUAA